AUGAAAGCAGAGACGUUGAGUAAUUGCAGUGAUGCUCAAUUCAAAAUUGACGGCUUCAAUCGUCAACGUCAAGAGGAGUUCGCUCGUAGAUUUUUGAAAGAUGUUGGAGAGUUUUUCACAUACUUGGACGAGCACGACCUAAGCGAGCUAGCACAAAUUCCCCUUUUGCUGCUAAUGUUGUGCUUACUCUGGACAAAAACAAAACGCGAAGAACUACCAAAGGAACGCGCAGACAUAUUCGACCAGUUUGUUAAGACUUUGUUUGAUCACUUGCGUGAAAAACAGUCUGCUGAAUCAUUGGUUGUUAAAGAUUACUCAGAUGAUUUAUACGCAUUAGGACGCUUGGCCUUUGAAGCCCUUUUGCAAGGCCAGCUUUAUUUCCCUGUUAGUCAGUUACCUGCUGGCUAUAGUUUGAUCGAGAGGCUGAUUGAAGUCGGCCUUUUUCAGGUUUUAAAUAUGGCGAGUUUGAAUCCUGAAAAAGGCGUGUACUUUAUUCACAAAUCCGUACAGGAAUACCUGGCUGGGAAUUUCCUGAAAGAAGAGCUGACAUCUAAAAAGGCUGAAAGUACAAAUUCCCUCUUAAAGUUGGACUCAGUUAAAAAGAUCCAAGAGAUGAUUGAGGUUUUAAAAUUUGCUGUUCAGUUGUCAAAAGAAGCCGCGCGCGAGAUUGUGAUUCACCUUGGAAUGAAGAGCGGACUGAAAGAGUUCAAAUUCAACAACGAAACACCGUCACUGGAGGACUGGUCAGAAGAACAAAAAGAUUUUAUUAAUCUUUGUAAUGUGUUCUUUUUCGACUUCUCAGCUGAGACAAGAAAAAACCUCUUUCCUACAUUUCUUUCCUCUUUAGGAGGAGUUCUUGUAAUUAGUUCGGGGAAGCUAAAUGUUAUCGUAGAGGAAAAAUUAGUUCAAACUACCGAAACACCCAACUGCAUUUUUUUUAGGGAAAACCUGUAUUUAGACGAUUAUGAACACCAUGAUGACGAUUAUACAGAGCAGGACUAUAGUAAUUUAAUCAUUUUAACACAACAAUUAAACGCAGUUAUUGUUAGCUGUGCAGGAGAAAAGAAAGCAUCAGAAUUUUUAAGCAACUUAACAUGGCGUAGGAUUGAUGAAUUUUUUCUACAGAAAGAAGAAAACAACACUCACCUUUAUUUUAUAGCUGAUAUUGUUAAACGUAAACUUUGUAGAGGCAUAGAUUUUGAUAGUGGAGAUGAAGAUAUAAUUAAUUGUGAUAUAAUUAAGGCGCUUAUUAGUAAACAAGAGACAACAAAGAAGACAAACAUGAAUGGUGAUGAGUCAAGUGAAGAGAGCAGCAGCAGCUGUUGUUCAAAGCGUCAUGGUCUCUCCAGGGUUGGGUGGAUUGAUGCACGGUUGGUGAACAGUUCAGAAGUGGAACAGCUGAUUAAGAUAAUGCCGUUUAUCACCGCUCCACACUGGAUAGAUGUUUGGGGUGAACUCGGUGAAGUGUACGAUGCUGAGGUAACAGAGUCUCUGCUGAGGAGCAUCCAAGUAACACACAAACUAAAGAGAUUAACACUCUGGCGUAUCAAUGUAACAUCAUCACCUGCUGUGGAGUUUAUCAACACGUUAUUUCAAAAAGCACCAAACUUGGAGGAGCUCAUCAUGUCAUACAAUCCUCUUCUGGGUGCAGGAGUAGACAGUUUGAUUCAACAUCUCAGCUGCGCUCCUCACCUGGAGACACUGGAGCUUUGGAGAGUGAAGAUGACUCCACAGCAGGUGAUGGAUCUGACAACAACUGUACAGCAGCACGGCAACAUCACUUAUCUGUGGUCAUCCUACCACGUAAGUUUUCCAGUUUUUAUCGCAAUUUGUUUCUUUAUUCUUUGUUUACAGUUUAUUUCUACUCAGCUCUUGCCUUUCGCCAUUUUCCUUUCUUUGUCAUUU